GACUGUGUGCUCGCAAACAAGAAGUUCCCGAUAAGCCCUGCUCUUGCAGACAAAGCAGGACAUUCCUUCUCUGCAAACAAGAAGGAUAUAGGAGCCAGCUGUAAGCAGCGGGCUCUGGGAACUGGUCAAUGUUUUACUGAUCUUGCGAGUCAAGGAAAGGUCAGAGAAGCAACACAUGUCCCGUGACUUGGAAACAUUCCACAAAGGACUGGAUAAAAUAAAGCAGAGUGUGCCGUUCCAGGCGGCCGCCAUGUAUGUCUUGUCCUGUGUUGUCUUGUGUGUUCAUUCCUUUGUUUAGGAAACACGCGGACCCCAACAACUGGCGCAGGGAGCAGGGUCCGUGGCUCCAAGAGAGCAAGGAACCGGAGGGGGAGCACCCUGGGUUUGUGCUGGAGAUGAGUGGUUCCCAUCCCGACAGUUGAAGCAGUGCCAUGGGGAAGAGGAGCCAGCAGGUGGACUUCCUGGCGGCAUUUCAGGAAUUGAAUCUGAGUGCUCAGAGAACCUUCACCUUCAGAACUCAUCGAGCGGAACCCCCGACAUGGGGUCAGCUGAAAAAACUUACUCAAGAAGCUGAAGGGGUUGUUCAACAAGCUGGACAGCCCAAAACCUCACUGACCUUAUUUCUGGCUAUGCUAGCUGUAGUGAAUUGCCAGUCUGCUGGAAACGGUGCCAAAGGGCAAACACCGAAUCCCAACGAGCCCAACAUGUGAUGAUGGUUUUGAAAGAAAUUCAAACCUGUAAAUAAGAAGGGGGAGAUGUAGAGGACUGUGUGCUCGCAAACAAGAAGUUCCCGAUAAGCCCUGCUCUUGCAGACAAAGCAGGACAUUCCUUCUCUGCAAACAAGAAGGAUAUAGGAGCCAGCUGUAAGCAGCGGGCUCUGGGAACUGGUCAAUGUUUUACUGAUCUUGCGAGUCAAGGAAAGGUCAGAGAAGCAACACAUGUCCCGUGACUUGGCAACAUUCCACAAAGGACUGGAUAAAAUAAAGCAGAAUGUGCCGUUCGGGGCGGCCGCCAUGUA